AUGUGGCUGUUGGCCAACAUAUUGUCCGGCAGUGCUGACAUCGACUGCAGUCAGCGUUUGCAGCAUAAUACGAUUAGCAACUGCUGCGCCAAGCCCAGUCUGAACUUUGAGGCAUUCCGGCAGAGUUGUGGCCGGUUUAUGGCCGAUAACCGGAAAAGCAUGUCGCCCUGCCUCUACGAUUGCAUCUUCAAUGUCAGCCAAACGAUGACUGGCAUGCAACUGAAUGUGGACAAUGCACACAGGAUGACCGAACGGCUCCUGGGCACCAACAAGGAGUUUGUGGACAUAUAUGCGACAGCUCUGGAGAGUUGCGCAGCAAACCAAAGUGCAAUGCUCAAGUACAAGAAACGGCGUUUUUAUGGCACCGAAAACUGUACCCUUCUGCCCCUGUAUCUGGGCAUUUGCGCUGCGGAAUACGUAUUUGUCCACUGCCCCCCGGCCAGCUGGACACGCAGCAGGAUAUGCGAGGAGGCGCUGGAAUAUAAAAAUGCUUGCCAGUGCGAUAUAAGUGGACGAUUUUGCAGUGCCAAUUCCAAUUAA